AUGUUCGAGAACGAUUCUGCAGCUUUUAAGUUGACAAUGCCCAACCGCACUCGCAAGAGGAAUAGAAAUCGCAAUCGCGGUCACAAUCAUGCGUGUACAAGUGGUAGCUGGAACGGCUUAUCGAGGUCCGAGCCACACCAGGAGCGCUUUGAACAGUCGGAUGACUUCACUGGUUGGAACCUUUACGAAGAAUAUGUCCUUCAAACCGACAUGCACCGCGGCAAGACCGGGCGCGAGAUACCUAAUGGUGUUCUAGCGUGGAUCCGGAGGGAGCACGUUCCUAGACUGCAUCACAGCCAUAUCAUGCAUCGCCUGAUCAGCCACUGGACUGUACGGGAUCUAAAGCUACCACGGCGGUUUCCGCCUCCACCACUACAAUCGCCUUCGCCUUUGCGAGUUACUAGUGGUAGCGCUGGGCGUGGCUUCAGGAUUCGAAGCGGUUUGCAAGACCGUGAGGGAUCUGAAUGGGCACGGAAGAUACAUGCAGAGGUCGCUCGUAGCUACAGGCGACCUGCUAGGGUCCCGGUCCAAGUGAAGCAUGAAGGAACUGAUGAAGACGUUGGCGAAGAGGAGGAGGACGAGGAGGAGGAAAAAGCGAAGAAGAGGGUCAACGAGAGAGGAUGGAGGCCUCCAACUCUUCAUCAAGCGCCCGGCAGAUUCAGACUGGGUCGCACACACCGAAGGGUGAAUGGUCGCUUCAUCAGGAAGGCGUUCCGAAUCACCAUCCAAGAUGCAGAUCAAGCUGGCAUCGAUUCCCACUUGAAGCCAGGACAACAGAACAAGCAAUACUGUCUGUACCACUUGGUGGACUACGCUAUCAAGGUGGAGGGUAUGGACCGGCAUGACGCCGAUGCUGCCGCUGAAUCCGGUGCCUACGAUGGUAGCCUUUAUGAUAACAUUAAGGACUUCCCCUUUGAUAGUGAGAAUCUAUUGCCAUUUUCGACUUAUAUUUGUCUCGAACUCUCGAACAAGCAACUGACGGACUGCAAUCCGGGCCUUGGUCUGCAUCCCGGGACGACAAACAAGACGUGGAUCCAGCGCUGCAACAGGAAGUAUCAUCAUCGACGCGUCCGCCAGAGUGACUCGCUCUCUACAGUACUUGUCAGGAUCAAUCGGAUCAAUGCCAAGCGGUUCCAGGUCCCAGCGCCAAGGAGGUCGUUACGUCGAGCGGAAAGCCACCUGAUCUGGGUGCCUCCUUUUACUUGUUCAUCGCAUUCGAAGCUACGGCACCCAGGCCAAGUACCGACCCGAUCGUACGGAUACGACAGCGUCAUCUUCACCAUGCCGUUGGGAAUACUUGACGACAACAAGCUCGAACAUGUGCCCGGAACAGCUCCCUUGAGCGAACUCGGGAGGGUAGACGCCGAACUCGCUGGCAUUGAUCGCGGUCUUCUUAAGCACGACCCGAGCGGACAAAUUGUCCUUGUACCGCAGCCCUCCGAUUCACCCAACGAUCCGUACAACUGGCCGAGAUGGAAGAAGGAGAUGUUCACGCUGGUGAUUGCCUACGGAUGUGGUUGUGUAGGAGCUAUCGGUCCUCUGCUGACACCUGCUUUCGUCCCGCUCGCUACUCAAUUCAACGUUCCGCUCCAGACAUUCUCACUCGGCUGUAAUGGCUCCUGCAUCGUCGCCAUCGCUGUCGGCAGUCUUCUCUGCAACACCAUCGCUGUGAAGGUCGGAAAGCGGCCAGUGUACCUUAUCACCACCCUCGGACUUGCGGUAUCAUCCUUCUGGGCCGCAGAGGCGAAGAGUUUCGGAUCUCUAGCUGGCGCAAGAGCCCUCCAGGGCUUCUGCAUGGCCCCCUUCGAGGCUUUGAUUCCCGCAUCGGUCUCAGAUAUCUGGCAUGUGCACGAGCGUGGCCUCAGGAUGGCAAUUUUCAACCUCGGUGUGCUCGGCGGCAUUAACCUCGCGGGUCCCAUCGCCGGCUCUAUCAUCGAGAAAGGCUCCUUCCGCAUUGCGAUGCAUGCUAUGGGUGGCGCAAUGGUCGUGAUGCUCAUCUUGGUUAUAUUCUUCAUGCCCGAAUCAGCUUUCGUACGACAUGACGCCAUCAACAUCGAUACGAGCGACAAGACCAUUGACAUCGAAAAUGCCGAGAAAGAAAAGACAGUGCAAAUUGAGCACCGCGUGGCUGUCUCACCCGCGUCGUCUGAACCCCGGCUGUCAUAUGCACAAGAGCUCAAGCCAUACAGCGGAUACUUCGACACUGUCUCGUUCUGGAGGACGCUCAUUCGGCCGUUUGUUCUUAUCCUGUCACCGAUCGUCAUGUGGGCUACGCUUCUCUUCACCAUCUGCAUCUCCUGGCUGGUAUUGAUCUCCAUCACGCUAUCGCAAAUCUUCUCAGCACCGCCGUACAAUUUCUCCGUCAGCGCAGUCGGCGCAACCAACGUGUCGUCGUUUGUCGCAUCCGUGAUCGCUACGCUAGUCGCAGGGUAUGUCGUCGAUGGCGUCGCGACCUGGAUGGCGAAACGCAAUAACGGAGUCUUCGAACCCGAAUUCCGCCUCCCAGUAAUGAUCACUUACCUCAUCUUUACCGCCACCGGCUUCUUCGCCUGGGGCGAGUCCCUCUAUAAGGAAGACCCUUGGCCGAUUCCCGUGAUCGUCUGUAUGGGCCUGAUCAACCUGGGCGUGCAGCUCGGCACUACCUCCGUAGUAACCUACGUCAGCGACUGCCAUCGGGAGCAGUCCGCCGAGGCCUUCGCCAUCAUGAACUUCAUCAAGAAUAUGUUCGCCUUUGGGCUCACAUUUUACGCAAACGACUGGAUUGCGUUGCAGGGUGUGCGGGAUUGUUUCUUUGUCAUCGGAGGAACGACGGUCGCGGUGACCGUGACCACGAUCCCAAUGUACAUCUGGGGAAAGAGGGCGCGGAGCUGGGUGUAUAGGUAUAGGGUGCUGGAUAGGGUGUUGAAGAAGGAGUAAUCUUAGGAAGAGAUCGGUC